AUGGUCUUUCAAUCCUCAGCAAAAAGAUUCAAGACUUACGCGCUUCUAAAUAAAUCUUCCGACCUCAAGGACCACCUAAUCAGCAUUUACAUUUCGGCAGCUCAAUUUGAUGCUCCGCCACAGUAUCAGGUGACUCAGGUCUGUAAAGGUAUAGAUGGAGCAUCUUCAGGAACUGAUAUUCUUGAUCGGAUAUUUGCUGGAAUGAUUGCUAUAAGAGGGAAUCGUUCAUGCUAUCAUAUGAGUCAAGAUUAUGAUCCUCGUUUGUCUGAUUGGGGAUGGCAAGUUUGCCAGCAACAUCAUCUUCUCAAACGGCUUUAG